AUGGCAAGGGCUCCUAAGGAAGCAGCUACCAAAGUUGUGAAACGCGACCACAAAAGAACAAAGGUCUUCACUCCUUUACAAGAAUGGUAUAUUGGUGAUUACUUAACAAAUAAUCCUGAAGGCGAAAGUCUCGACAAACAGGAACGUCUCCAAGUAAUUAGAAACGCAUAUAAGGCAGCCUAUCCAGAUGCGUCUCCUGAUGAGAUUCCAAAAUUCUCAGAUGGAUGGUAUAGUGGAUUCAAGAAAAGGUUUUACAAAAUGGAAGAAGAUCGUUAUGUAGCCUGUCCCCAGCUCACUAUGGAUUUUAGCCCGGAUGCUAUUAGAACACCUACUGAUUUAGUCAAAAUGGACAAGUUUUGCAAACAUAUCAAACCAGGUAUGAGUCCAGAAACCGUAGUAAAAGUAGUUCUGGAAUUAAAAGAACAAAUUACUCAGUUGACUGUUGAAAAGGGGAUUUUACAAGCAGAUAUUGAUCGACUCCUCGAAGACCAAAAACGGAGAGAGGAGCGAGCCCAGUAUAUCAAAGAGCUUUCUUCAGGUCGAGUCCCCACUGAGCACGAACUGGAAACCGAGCCAUAUCUGGGUGAAGAUGACGAUGACGAGGAUAGGUCGAUGCGCUUAGAACUUGAGAGACAAGCUUGGGAGAAAUACAUGAGCGACGGUGCUAGUGAAGAAGAAGAAGAUGAUUGGUCAUCCCAAGAGAGCAAUAAUGAAGAGGAUAUACCCAUUCCUGCGGAGCCUGGCAAAGCCUUUAGGACAGGUGCGGAAAUUUGGCAAAAGAUACUGGAAAUGAAUUAUGCACGUAUCGCUGCCAAAGCUGCCGAAAACAAAAAAAAGUAG